GACCGAAGAGGGGAAGAGGAUGUCUGGGAAGACGGGGAGUCGAUCAGGGCACGGUGGCCGGGGUGCUGGCUCCAACUCCGGUGUUCUGAUGGUUGGACCAAACUUCCGGGUAGGAAAGAAGAUCGGCUGUGGGAAUUUUGGAGAGCUGCGACUUGGAAAGAACCUGUACACCAAUGAAUACGUGGCUAUCAAACUGGAACCAAUCAAGUCACGGGCACCACAGCUCCACCUAGAGUAUCGCUUCUACAAACAGCUGGGAAGUUCAGAGGGUGUACCCCAGGUGUUUUAUUUUGGACCAUGUGGUAAAUACAAUGCUAUGGUUCUGGAGUUACUGGGACCCAGCUUAGAAGAUCUGUUUGACCUCUGUGACAGGACCUUCUCUCUAAAAACUGUACUCAUGAUAGCCAUCCAACUGAUAACCCGUAUGGAGUUUGUCCACACCAGAAGCCUGAUCUAUCGAGACGUGAAGCCUGAGAACUUCCUGGUGGGCCGACCUGGCUCCAAACGGCAACACACCAUCCACAUCAUAGACUUUGGCCUGGCUAAAGAAUACAUAGACCCAGAGACCAAAAAACACAUCCCAUACAGAGAACACAAGAGUCUUACUGGAACUGCUAGAUAUAUGAGCAUUAAUACACAUCUGGGGAAAGAGCAAAGCAGGCGGGAUGACCUGGAGGCUCUAGGCCACAUGUUCAUGUACUUUCUGCGAGGCAGUCUACCCUGGCAGGGACUCAAGGCUGACACUCUGAAAGAACGUUAUCAGAAGAUAGGAGACACAAAGAGAGACACACCAAUAGAAGUCCUUUGUGAGAGCUUCCCAGAGAUGGCCACCUACCUGCGGUACGUGCGUCGGCUGGACUUCUUCGAGAAGCCAGAUUACGACUAUCUGAGGAAACUCUUCACGGACCUCUUUGACAGAAAUGGAUACAUCUUUGACUACCAGUAUGACUGGACUGGAAAGCCACUGCCCACUCCUAUUGGUCCAGUGGCCAGUGAGACACCACUUCAGACGGGCAACCGGGAGAAAGCACCACAGACUAAAAACCAGGUGAUGAGCUCAACCAACGGGGAGCUUAAUACAGAUGACCCCACUGCAGGACACUCGAACGCACCAAUCACAGCCAAUGCAGAGGUGGAAGUGGCUGAUGAUACCAAGUGCUGCUGUUUCUUCAAGAGGAGGAAGAGGAAAGCUCUCCAGAGACACAAAUAAAAACGAGACAAGAGAGAAACCCCUACUCUGUUUUUCACAAUUUAUUUUUCCUUCUCUCUUUCUGUAGUCCUCUUCAUAUACCCCCCCCCCCCUUCUGUUGGAGGUCCUGUAGUCUACCUUUGGCCGGAAGUCCUUCAGUCGACCUUGGGUCGGCAGAAUAUGUUUGCUAAGCUAAUCUACUGUUUUCUACUGCUCUGAACUGACCAGACAGACAGACAAACAGACAGUAACAUGAGUUUGCUGUUCCCCUCGGAGCUUUAAAUGUGGACUUAGCUGCACCAGCCGUGGACUCUUCAUGUAUUUAUGGUCACAGACUGAACUGAAACUGGAUCAACACAAACUGCUGUGACCACAAAUGAACAGUUGAUAUACUGUGAAAGGCAAGCUGAUUGGCUGACAGACUGGAUUCAUCUGGUUUCCUGACAGACUGGCGACUUCUUUAUCCUUAUCUUUUUGUUUUUGUUUCUUCCUUACUGACUGGUUCAGAGGAGAUAGACAUGUAUGUCUGAGGAGAUACAGAGGAGAGGACAACAGAAGGAUGGGAUGGAAUUCAGACUGUCAGACCACAAACACGUAGGGACACGCUGCACACUGUUUUGAGGUUAUCAUAAAGAGACUUCAUAGACAAAAAGUUGCAGCUCUUGCACAUAGUCAAUAAAGUUUUUUUUCCCCCUUGGGUCAAAGGAAGUACACAGUGAGUGGCUUUGAUCUAUUUCCUGCAACUGAUCGGGCCCAGCGUACCUUCCGAGGAAAACCUCACAACCACCAGAAUCAAAAGUUUAAAAGAGAUGUUUAUGUAAAAACUAUGCUUUUUUUGUUUUAAUUUGUUACUAAAAAGACUUUUCUCUGUAUUUUUGAGUUGUUCAAAAAGUUUUU